AUGGAGGACUUCGCUCUGGCUAGGCUAAAUGUGACAAUGGUUGGCCAGAAUUUGACAGACAUAGUCGAUGGCCCUGGGUACCCAACCUCACCGCGCCCUCAACCCAACCCUAGCCGACCUAGACCAGGAGAUGACGAUGAUGACAACCUUAUUUCUGCCAUUAUUAAUCUAAUUAUCGACUUCCUUAAUGAUCUAUCCGGAAUCUAUAAUGGGUCAUCAACCAAUUCUAACGCUAAUAUUGGCCUCUCGGACUGGUACUCAUUCCAUGUCAUGACUGCUUGCAGAGGAGAAUUCUUCCACUCCUCACUCUCAAGCAGAACUAACCUCAACACAACAAACUGCACUCACACGAAACUAGGCUAUCGUUUCAACCUGACGGAGCUCAUGGCUGAAGAUCUCAAAAAGUCCGGGAUCAAUCUUGACCUGGGGGACUACACCGAGACGGAUCAGUUGCAAAGAAAGCUCGACAUUCUCAACAGGGUAUUAACUGCUUUGGCAGCAUUCUACAUAAUAUCCAUGGUAUUUUGCGCUCUCGCGCUCCUGUCUUCGUCAAUAUCCCUAUUUAGCGACAAUCACACCGUCAGCCGCCUCGGCUUGUUCUCAGUCUUGUUCGCGACGUUGUCGCUCAUCGUCGCAAGUGGCAUUGCAACUGCGGCUGCGAAACAGAGCGCUGAUGAAGUCACCAAGCUAGGGAGGGGAGUCGGGAUUGAGAGCUACCGUGGCUACAAAUUCCUCGGUAUCACGUGGGGAGCGGCGGCCGCCAUGUUUCUCGACAUAUUCUUCGAUAUUGCACAAGUUCGACGGACGCGACAAGAGUUGAAAUCCACCAAAGAGCCUGCUGGCGAGGAGUCUGCGGAGGAGGCUUAA